AUGUCCGACCCGCACCGGAGAAAUCCAACAGAAUUAGGUGGGCACUUCGACUCUUUGCCCGAAGUAUCGGGCGCAAAUCUUCCCGAGCAACUCCAAAACACGCAAACCACGACUAGCACAACUCGCCGAAGCGCCUUCGGAGACUACCGCAACGACUUGAUCGGUCCUCGUUCAAACAACGCACCACAUCGUUCGACGAUGCUCUACGCUCCACUCACCAACAACUCAAACGCCGUCUACGACACUUCCCGCCAAGAGCACACUGCUCUUACUCGAGGUCAACUGCUCACGAGCGAAGAGAUGCGCAGGUCAGGAAGACCCGUUGCGCCCCUUGUUCGCAGACGUGAUGUAGCAGCGAGUCGCGGGCAAGAGCUUCCAGACCAAGAUGCCAUCACUCGUGAGCUGACAUCGACUUUGCGAUCACGUCUACCGCUGGAGCGCCCUCACGUUCUCAACCCGCUCGCACCUCUGGCUUCAGGCGGUGGAGGCAGAUUUACCUACCCUGCGCUGCGCCGAGAAGCUGCCCCUAGUCCGGAAGACCAGCCUCAAUCGGAUGGAGCGCACCAGCCUCGUGGAGAUACCCUGUAUGCCUCCCUCAAUCCGUCAAAUGCGCGCCGCGUGAGGUUCGGCGACCAGUCUCUCGUGGUUUCUCCAGACGAACCAGUCGAUGCGCCAGCGACUGCAAACCUUGCGCCUCAAGCGAGACCUGUACUUCCUGACCCACUGGCUUCAGGUACAGAGGAAGACCUCCUCGAGACCAAUAGCGAAGACGAGCUUGAGGAGGAAGAAGAAGAACCUUACCCCCACGGCCAUCCUCUCCACGUGUGUAGUGUCCCAGCCUACAAGGGACCUCGACCACACUACACAACCUUCCCCAUCCUCUCCAAGAUCCCCGGUUACGUCUGGACUGGCCAUGCCGAGACGGACGCAGCUCUAAAGCUGCAAUACAAUCGCCGCAUCGAGUUCAUGUUCGGCGACUGCGUGAUCUGUCGCCAGGAGUUUGACAAUGGCUGGGAGACGAUUUGUGAGCACAUCACCUGCACGUCGUGUAUGUUGAAGUGUCACUCUCUUCGUGGGGUUUGCCCGCUGUGCAACCAGGAGAUCAGUCUGGAUCCCAAGGGCGGCACGUUUCUACGAAAGUGGAAGGCGGAGUAUGGUAGACAUGGGGAGGAUCCAGUCAAGCUGGCAGAGAUCAAGUACGAGCAGCAGAAGACCAUGAUCUUGGAGAAGGAUCCGGGUGCGAGGUGGGAGCUGUGGGCACUGGAGGCGAAGCAGGAGCGGGACAAACUUGAGAAACAGCUUGCGGCGAUUGUGCCGAUCGGAGGCAGGUUCCCGGACGGGACGAUUCGGAGAGGGAUUCUCGGGAUCGAUCGCUUUUGA